UUCAGAAGCUCAUUGGUUAUCAUCGCUUUUAUUUAUCGCUAUUGUUCUCCAUUUUCCCGUCUGUCUGAAUGCAAUUAUCCUCCAACCCAUUUAGGAGUGAACAUGACACUUGUCGGACUGACGCACGAAUGCGCCUCGCUGACUCUCAUCCGCUUACGUAACGCAGUUUUAGCGCCAUUUAACUCAACAAUUCAACGCGACGCGCUGCGAUUAAUCGAUCGCUGGGAAACAGGACAUCUCUUUAGAGCUGGCAUGUGAAGUGAUGCGCUCAGAUUUUAAAACAACUUGUCUCUCCGCAGUUUUGGGGCAGCAGACGUGCAGUCCAGCUGCGCGGGAAUAAUAAUCCCUGUUUUAAUCUGCUUUAGCAGGAGGUGAUCCGAACCUCUGGUUCUGAGGCCAGCCGAGGCCAGGAGGCGUGACACAAUCCAGCUUUCAUUUAUUUAUUCAAACCUAUUGUCACCUUCUGUGUAGUGUGAAAAUAUUGCCUUAAAUUUGCGCAUUAUGCUCUGUGAGAAAAGAAAGUGACGCAGUUUGUCCAGCUGUGAAUACUGGAGCCUCUUGUGCUCAUAUGUUGUUCCUGUGAGGAGAGGCAGGCUGCGUUUAGGUGAUGAAGGCCUAAAUAGUGCGGAUUAUUGCCCCACUCUCCCUCUCUUAGCCUAUUUUCCAGCUUCAGCCUCGUUUCGUUUCAGUCUCUGCUGCGGAAAACAUGAGCACAGCGGGCGUUCACCGAGGAUUCCUCCGGAAAUAUGGAGGCUUCAUGUUCAAGCAGUGGAAGGAGAAGUACCUUGUGCUCACCAUGGAGGGGAGCCUGCUGGUGUGCCGGGACGCCGAGUCUCCACCCGACCAGGUGGUGGCGCUACAGUCCAACUGUGAGUCGAUCGCGGAGGGACGGGAAAUCCUGGACCUGCCCAGGCUGCCCCCGGGGGGCAGAAGGGACUGCUGCUUUGCCCUCAUCCUGCCCCAGAACAAGUUCCUGCUGCUUCUGUCGGACAACCCCGACGACUGCAUUCUUUGGCUGAAGCUAAUCAGGAAAGUGAGAGAGGUCAGUCAGUUGAUAAGGCCGUUCAGAGACAGACAGCAAGCACCCAGACCGAGGCAGCCUCUGCGGAGCAACUCCGUCGCCCCGCCUCAUCGCGUGUCUGACUGCCUUCGCCAUGGCAACAGCAGCGAUGCGAAGGCAGUGCGGGCGGUGUGUCUGCUGAUGGGCGGGGCGGCGGCCUCCUCCGCGUUGGGCUACCUCAGCUCCUGCUCCCCGUCCUCGCCGCUGGCCAGCAGGGCCCCGGACGUGGCCCCAGGCUCCGGGGCCUUCUCCGAUCUCCCCGCCGGCGGCUCCUUCCACGCCUGCAGCCAGGACGUCGACUCCCCGCAUUUCAACACCUUCGACUUUGAAGGAGACUCCGACUUUGACGCAUUUGACUGCGGAGGAUUUGCCUUUUAAAAGGAACUGUUCAUAUGACUGGUUCUCUUAGCACACUGCAAAAACAAACAAGUUGUGUUAUCUAGUUUCCAGUGGAAGUAUGUUAGUACACGUGAAAUAAGACAAAACUAACUUACAAGUUACUUUUCAGCAAGAUUGAGAAGCUUGUUUUAGAUAAAUAAUUCCUAGUAUCACUUAUGAGGGAAAUAUCUGGCUUUAAAGUUGAACUUCUUUUAAUCAAUAUUGAAGGAAUAUUUACUUAAAGCCACCUCCUAAAGAUUUACCCAUAAGCUAGUUUUGUCUUAUUUCACGAGUACAAAAACAUUUACAGUAAAAACUGGACAAAAACACAUGGUGAAAUUUUGUUCUUCACUGCAAAAACACAAAAUCUUAGAAAGUAUUUUUGUUGUACUUUCUAGAAAACUAACUUAGAAGUAACUUUUUACGAGCUCGUUUUAAGUCAAUAAUUUCUUAAUAUUGAUAAAAAGUACUAAUUCAACUGACUGAUUAUUUAAUUUCUAACAAGACAUUUUUCCCACGUUAUGAGUGAAAUAAUCUACCAGUGGAACUAGAAGUGGGUUGCUAGGUAACGGGCUGGGCUGGGGUUGCUAGGUAACAGCGCAGUGGAAUAUUCUACCAGUGGAACUAGUAACUUUUUCAUCAGAAACAAGCUGCUAUAUCUUGUUAAAAGUUACUUGCUUAUUAAUUUUGUCUUAUUUCAAACGUAAUAAGACAUUUCCACUAGAAACUAGACAAACCUGUUUUGUGUUUUUGCACUGUAGGAUCUCUUACAGUGUUCUUUUGUUAUAAAAGGUUGUUGCUAAUGAAUUAUUAAGCCAUCUGUACAUCUGAUGUAUGAAUGAAUGAAGGCGUUCUUCCUGGCUUCAUGCCCACACUCCCAAGGUGAAUAAUUGAUCACCUUGACUCCGCUGAACACAAACUGUGUGUGUUGUUUCACAGUUUCCACGCCACAGGACGGCCUGACAGUAACUGCACUGCAAAAACACAAAAGCUUACCGAUUAUUUCUGGUGUAGUUUCUAGUGCAAAUAUCUUAGCACACAUGAAAUAAGACAAAAUUAACUGACAAGAAACUUUUCAGUAAGAUAUAGGAGCUUGUUUUAAGUAAAUAAUUCCUUAAUACUGAUGAAAAAAUAAGUUCUAGUUCCACUGGUAGAUUAAUUCAUGUAUAACGUGGGAAAAAUAUCUUGUUAUAAGUGAAAUAAUCCGCCAGUGAAACUGGAACUUUUUUUCCCCAUCAACAAUAAGAAAUGAUUUACUUAGAACAAACUCCUCUAUUUUGUUUUAUUUUACGUGCAGUAAGACAUUUGCACUACAAACUCAAUCAAAAAUACUUGGUAAUAUUUAGUAUUUUGCAGUGUGGGAUCAUUUUAUCUCACAUUUCUGUUCUUUUUUCCUCUUGUUUUCUUGUAACUGUGCUAACGUUCCACUGUGUUUGAUGUAACCUAAAAACUUCUAUUUACAUUUUCACCUGAUCUGAGAAGAAGGGCCUUUUCCUACAGUUGGCACAGAGAUUUAUGACUGAUUGUUAAGGAACUGUAAAUAAAUCCUGCAGUGACUCUGUGGCUUUUA